AUGGAGCAUCCACACCUCUUUUCUGGUGUGUGGAGUUUUCGGGCAAAAUUUGUGUGGGUACAGGCAUCGGAUAGUAGGGUCAGCCCCAAAAUUCAAAAAAUGUAUGCUUCGUCACCGCGUGGGCUUAUUAAACAACACCGUGAAAUGUGUCCACCGCGCAAAAGCGUGGCGAGAAAAUUUGCCCUCUCACCGAUAAAAUGA